AUGCUAGACAAUAAUGAAACCACUUCAAAUUCAUCCGGCGUUUUAACUCUCUCUAAUCCUUCCACUACCUCUUCAUACAUUCACGGAGUUAAUAAUGAUUAUUACCUACCACCCUCCGGAGAAAGAGAAGACAUGAAUAAUAGCAACAUGUCAUCAUCGGAGGAUGCUGAGCCAAUGUCCACAGCUGAUCAAAUGGACUUUUCAGAGUCGGGAUUGGAUGUCCAUGAGUAUGGCUCUUUUGCCUCUAGAAUGCAUGACUUUUCUUCUCCCAUCACAACAAAGGCUCCGCCCUUUCCAGAAAAGAAUUUACAACAAGUCGGUAGCGCAAAGAAGGGUGUUGUUCAAGCACCACCACGACCUCCUAAUCCUUUUACAUCCAUUCCACCUGCACUGAAUCAUCAUUCCACUCCCAUUUCCAAUAAUGUAAUUAAUUCCAUCACCACGACUACCACCAUUCCCACCACAAAUAUGCAACCCGAACCAUCAAGCCCUUCCAACACCUUUAGAGAAUUUCUAGAGGGUGAAGUGUAUAAGAGACCAGCCCGUCUCUCUCCGCUAUCUGUUGAUAACAUUGUUGAGGAACAGCAGACCAUCAACAAGACAAAACAGUCAUCAACUAAAGUCUCAUCAUCAUCGGCCACAACGACUGGCCCUAAACAACCUACAAAUCCUUCCGUAAAUAUCAAUUCUUCCAAACAAUCCGUAACAUCAUCAUCAACAACAACAGCAACCAAUGGAAAUACUGUUACUGAACAAAAAGUUGAACCUCCUCAAAGACCAACAAUUUCAAAUAAGACACUUUUAUUGGCAAAUCGAUUGACUGCUCAACCUUCCAAACCACAACAGCAAGAAGAAGAAUCUAAUAACGAAUCAAGCGAUCAUGAAAUGUCAACAAAAAAAACUCUUGCCAGCAAGAAAGAAUCAAAGAAAAGAUCAAGUCAUGAAUCCGAUUCUGAAAAUAAUAUGGAAGACAUUUCUUAUGAAUCAUCAGAGGAGAGUGAUAAAAAGAGUAAAAAGAAGAAAUCUACAACACAACCAGAACAAAAGAAAAAGGCUGAAAAAGAAACAAAGAUCAAGGGUGUCAAAUCGCGAAAAACAAAAAGCGAAGGUGGAGAAAGCAGUCAAUCUAAAAAAUCAUCGUCAGAUUCUAAAAAGACCACUUCCCCUAAGCGACCUUUAGAAGAUGUUGUUGAGUCUAAAGUUAGUGUCAAUGAGGAACCAAAAACAAAGAGAAAUAAGCAGCCUACUCCAGUUGAGAGCAAAAAUGUCAGCAUCAAAACGGAGAAUAGUAAUGCAAGUAGCAGCACUAGUACACAUACUAAUACCACAAGCACAAAGUCAUCAUCAGCGAACAAAGACGUCAAAACCCUUCAACAAAAGCUAGACAGUAAGAGACAAAUUGCCACUACCCUAAAGCAUAAGGCUGAUGACCUUAAGAAAGACCAUCAAAUUUCUGAAGCAAUCUCAACUUAUUUGGCUUCGGGUAUGAAGUAUAGCGAGGCUGCCAUGUAUUCCAAACAAAUUUUUGAAAAUACUCCCAAAGAAAAGAAUCCUUCAACAAGCGGAACAGCUAUACUGCUCAAACAAAAUAUUGACUUUUUGAAAUAUGUUUCCUCGCUAGCACUAAAGUAUGCGUAUUAUGACAAGGCAGUGCUAGCCAACAUUCUCAUAUUUACAAAUACCAAGGCUCUCUUUAAUUUCAAGACACAAUCAAUUCAAAGAUACCGUAGAUAUUUGCUUGGAAAGUUUGGUGAAACCAAUUCAACAUCAGUAGGAUCUUCAAGCAUUACAUCUCCUGCAGCUGUGGCAUCUCCUUCCUCGCAGUCUAUCUCUACGCCUUCUCCCGUUCACAAUGGUGGUGCAAUGAUUAGCUCUGUUGGCUCUGCAGAGUUGACAAAUACAAUCAUGCGCUUGUGUGAAGAGUUAGAAAUUGUUUCCAUGGUUGUUGAAAAUGAAGUAACAUUAUAUCAUCAACUGAAACAACAUGAAACCUAUCGAGAAAAUUAUGAACUUAUGCAUGAGGCUCAAAGAGGAAAUAUUGACUUUGUUGUGAAGUUUUUGGACGAUGAACUGGCUCGGCUUGAUUCAAGUGAAUAA